GUUCCAAACCCAAAUGCACGAGCCCAGCAGCAAAAGGCCGAACCUAUCCGCCGCCACCAAUAACAACAAGCCGACGGCGUUGCUUCACUGAAAUCGCAACCCUUUUCAGUCUCCCGCCCGCCGGCGGAGGCACAGCUGGUUAUUGUCGUUGGGUGCGCAGUAUCUCUAAUCACCGCCGUCACAUUAACACCAGUUCAGCAGCUGGCCAUUGCGAUGAAGAUGAUCCUUAACAACUGCAUCACCCGUCGAAACAACUGCUCUCGAUAUCAUUGGCGAAGGGAUGCCGGUACGAUUGAAUCCCUUUAUUCUUCUUCUGCUUCUUCCGCAGCCCCUCUGCCGUCUUACUUCGCCUCCAAUCAAGCUAGUCCUCGUACCUCCAAUUCUGCCAAUUUCGCCAGCGUAGAUGAUGCAUUGGAUUCAUUCAACCGGAUGCUCCGCAUGAAUCCCAGGCCUUCAAUUAUGCAAUUUAACGGGUUAGUGUCUUCUAUUCUGAGAAUGAACGCUUUCCAGGCUGCCUUGGAUGUGUUUAAACAAAUGGAAUUAGCUGGAAUUCCCCUUAGCAUCUACUCGCUUAACAUGCUGAUUCGUUGCUUCUGCAAACUGGGUAGUGUGGGUUUUGGCUUCUCAGUUUUGGGCAAAACUUUCAAACUUGGUUUUCAACCUGACGCUGUCACGUUCAGUAUGUUGAUUGUUGGGCUAUGUAAAGUUGGAAAAGUCGUUGAGGCUGGGAGGUUGGCUGAUAAAAUCAGGAUUCUGGGGUGUCCACUGAAUGUGUUUGCUUAUAGCGCACUCAUUCAUGGAAUCUGUAAGGCAGGGCAAACAAAUGCUGGACUCGAAUUGCUCGGGAAAAUGAUGGAGUUAGGUUGUCAGCCUAAUGUGGUUUGUUAUAACACAGUCAUCGACAGCCUCUGUAAGGAUGGAAUGGUGUCGAAAGCUUUUGAUGUGUUCUCGGAUAUGAAGGAGAAAGGCAUUUCGCCAAACGUUGUUUCUUACAAUUGCUUGAUUUAUGGUUUAUGUAUCUCAAGCAAAAUUAAUGAAGCUAUGAUGUUGUUGGAUGAAAUGAUGGCACACAACAUCAUGCCUGACGAAUUUACCUUCAACAUAAUGAUUGAUGCUUUCUGUAAGAAGGGAGAUGUUGUGAAGGCUGAAUUUAUAUUCAAAAUGAUGAUUCAAAGGGGAUUGCUUCCAAAUGUGGUCACGUACAGCUCAUUGAUGGACGGGUAUUGUUUGCGCAACGAGUUAGACAAAGCUAGAAGGGUACUUGAUUUCAUGGCGAGCAGGGGAUGCAAGCCUAGUGUUUAUAGCUAUAGUAUCAUGAUUCAUGGAUAUUGUAAUGCUCAAAGGAUGGACGAGGCUGAACAAUUAGUUAGUGAUAUGGUUGAGAGGGACUUGAAUCCAAAUAUGGUCACAUAUACUACUCUCAUUAAUGGAUUUUGCCGAGCAGGGAGACUAAAAGAUGCACAAAAAAUUCUCAAGGAAAUGCACAAUCAAGGUUUCUCCCCAACUAUCGUGACAUAUGGAAGUUUGCUGCAUGAUUCGUGCAGGAGAGGUCAUGUUGACGCCGCAUUGGCUCUAUUUCAAGCAAUGGAAAGUAGUCGGUUGAAGCCUAAUGUUGUUCUGUAUAAUACUCUUAUAGAUGGUUUGUGGAAAGCCGGGAGGGCUCAAGAAGCAAGGGACAUGUUUUCUAGGCUCUCUAAAGACAAUUUGCAACCUGAUAUUGUCACAUAUAGCAUAACAAUUGGUGGACUUUGUAGACAAGGUUUGGUAGAUGAAGCAUAUGAUCUAUUCAGACAAAUGGAACGGGACAGUUGUCUGCCAAAUAGUUGCUCUUAUAACGUGAUUAUCCACGGAUUUCUUCGUCAUAAGGAUCCACUUGCAGCAAUGGACCUUAUCCAUGAGAUGGUUUCUAAAGGUUUCUCAGCUGAUACAACCACGAUGUCCUUGCUGAUACAGUCAUUGCCCAAGAAUCAGUUGGAUCAUCCGGCUGUCCAAAAGCUACUGCAUGAUCCUGAUGUGAGAAGUCAGGAAAUGAGGUCUAGUGGUCUAUCAACUGUUGCAGCCCUGGCAGCUGAUUAG